AAAAUAAAAAAAUCACAUUUUUAUACUACGAAUUUAGAUUAUUAUAUAAAUUUUAUUAAAUUAUAAAAAUUUUUAAGAUAUUUUGUAACUUAACAAUCUUAUUUAACCAUACACAAAAUGGCUCUACGAUUGCUUGGUAUUAGCACACUAAGAAAAGCUGCUCAAAUUGCAGCACCAAGAGUACAAACUCAAAUUGGUAGUGUUGCUGGUGUACAUACUUUAGAUAAAAUUGGCAACCGUGAAAUCGUUGGGCAUGGUUGGAAUGGAACCGCUUGCUACGCAGAUCGUGUAGAUUAUCCAAUGCCGGCAAUUCGUUUUAAGGAAACAACAAAAGAAAUUGCUAAUCUUCGUGAAAAGGAAAAGGGCGAUUGGAAAAAAUUAACCUUAGACGAAAAAAAAGCACUUUAUCGUGCAUCAUUCUGUCAAACAUUCGCUGAAUUAAAAGCUCCAACAGGAGAAUGGAAAAUGCAUCUUGGUGUUGGUUUAAUGUUUGCAUCAGCUGCAGUUAUAGUUUGUAUAUUAAUGAAUACAUUUGUUUAUUCUGAAAUGCCAGUCACAUUUGAUGAAGAACAUCAAAAGGCCCAAUUGAAACGUAUUAUCGAUUUAGAAAUGAACCCAAUUCUUGGUUUAACAUCAAAAUGGGAUUACCAAAACAACAAAUGGAAAUAGAUUAAUUAUUCAAAAUAAGAAGUUUAUUCUAAAUAAAAAUCCAUAAAAACAAAAAUUAAAUUAAGAUAUCUAUUAAAACGAAGAUCACAUUUUAAAAAUUAAAAUGUUGAUAAAAUAAAUUGAUUUAAUUUUUA